CAAUUUUCCCAGAUGAAAAAAAACGUAGACCCACUCAACACGCAAUAAGAAGAAGAGAAGUUGAUCGGAGAAUUAAGAUGAAACUUGUUUGGUCGCCAGAAACCGCCGCUAAAGCUUUACUGGACACCGUUAAAUCCUGCAAAGGUUUGGACGGAUCAAGCGUGGCGGAGCUGAUCGCCGCCAUGGCCGGCGGCUGGAACGCAAAGCUCAUAGUGGAAACAUGGUCACAAGGUGACGUGGCAACCACAAGCAUUGGUUUAUCAAUAGCAAGUGUGCACACGUGCGGCCGGCACGUGUGCAUAGUUCCGGACGAGGUCUCGAAGACGGAGUACUCGCGCGUGUUAAGAACAGCCGGAAUGUCGCCGGAGGUUAUUGUUGGGGUGCCGGAGGAGGUGGUUAAAGGGAUGGUGAUAGAUUUUCUGGUGGUGGAUGGUCAGAAAAACAACUUUGGUCGGGUUGUUAUGGCGGCGAAGUUCGGCGGGCGUGGGGCGGUGGUGGUUUGUAAGAACGCCGCAGCGCGUGAUGUACGGUUGCGGAGCUUGUUUGACGGUGGAUCACGGCGGAUUGUGAGGUCGGUGUUUUUGCCGGUGGGGGAUGGGGUGGAUGUUGCCCACGUGGCGGCGGGUGAAGGUGGCGGGUCGGGUUCGGGUUCGGAUAAAGUGAAGAAGAGUAGGUGGAUCAGACGGGUCGAUAUUCGAUCCGGUGAAGAGUUUUUGUUCCGCAAAGACGGAGAACGGUUACAUCACUAUCGAUAUGGGCUCGAAAGUCAAAAUGGAGGAGUCUCACAUCCAUAAAGCAUCCACCCGAAACCUCGAGUGACUCGAAUUUUUAACAAUAACUUUAUUUAGGUUUAUAUCGUAAUAUUUUUUAUUUAGUAACUUUUACAAUUUGAUAUGAUAAUCUAUCAAGGUAGUCGUUCUUAUGAUUUUCAUGUACCUUAAAUAACCUUUUAUGGUAGU